AUUCAAGCAAUGCUAAGUCAAGAAGAAUAGAAGGGAAAAGGAAAGGGGUUAUGAGAAUUACCCUCUAAUUCCUCAACUGAUAAUCGCCCUUGGAAGUUUUGAGAUUCCAAGUUUAAUUGGCUGAAUUAUCCCUGUGGACAAAAAAUAUAUAUUUGUUUUUCAUCUUCAACUUGGCUCCGAAUGAUAAUUUCUAGCUCGACACAUCUUCAUCACAAGAAAUUUUAUGAUAUUUAAGAAGUAAUUAAGGAUAUUUUACUAGUUAUUUUUUGGAGUUUACUUGAAUAAAAAAAGACAGAUACAAGAAAUAAAGAAUAUCAAAUCCAUGAUCUAUAAAAAUUAAAAAAAAUAUCCCUAUAUAGAAAUAUAUUGGUAAAUUUCAGUUUUCUUUCUUCGAUAUUUCUCACAGCUUCUAAUAAUAUUAAUGUAAAGUUAAUGCCUUGGUGCAAAUGCGUUUGGUGAUUCUCUAUUUACGCCAUGUUAUUCUAUUUAUAUAUACUGAAACUGUAAGUAUUUGCAAAUUACAGCUCUUGUAAGUUCCAGAUUGAAGAAAAGUAAGAGGAGAAACAACAUUCCAUAGCCAUAUUUGAUUCAACAUGCUAUCCGUUUCUAAAUUUGUCCACAGAAACCAUUUAUAACAUGAUCGCACCAUAUAGUGAAAACAUUAAAUGGGUUUCUCUAUAAUUGCCAAAUUAUUUAAAUAAUCAAUAAAUACAUAAAUCCCAUCAAUCUUUACAGCUGUAGCUUGAACAUAAGAUGGAAGUAAGUCCUAUGGCAUGGAAGUUACAAGGCUUGGAGAUACGAAGCCAGUUUACAUGGAAAGACAAAUUUAUCUCUUUCUCAACAAGACAGUUUACAAUGGCCAGCCACAAGUAACAAAAGGGGUUAAAAUGCCACCCAUAACUCUCUCUGCUACUUACCACCCAACUCACUGACUCACUUCCAUAAACAGCAAAACACACUCACACUGCACAGAUGGAAACACUACACAGACAGACAAAAACAUAUCUUUUCUUGCCUUUUAAAGAGAGAGAGAGUGGAGAUAUAAAUGCCACAGUGAAAACAGCUCUACUGAAAGAAAUGGGACUUAGAGGUUGAUGUUUGACAGAGAGAGAGAGAGAGGGAGAGAGAAGCAUCUUCUUGGCUUGUUACAUGUCAGGUUCCUGCUUAAUGAGUUGAAGUCGAAGUUUGGUGGGCUGUUUGAUUGUCUAGCAGCUUUUGCAGAAAAUCAUGGAGUCUUGAUGCUACGUGGGCAGGAAUUGGUGCCGUGAUCCUCCAGGGGAUGAAAAAAUAACAUUGAUAAUUCAACAUCUUCCAAGUUAUUUGAUGGUACAGAGGUAGUGAAAUUCUGGUUUUUCAUGAUGUCUCCCAUUUCUAAAAUGGCAGAGCAACUGAAACUGCAGCAAUGCUGGGAGUUUAGGAGGAAAGACGAUGACUCUGAUUCUUCAAGCAAUGAUUCAAAACCAAGUGGCGAACCAGCUCUAAAAAAACACAAACUUAUCUCGAGCUUCAUUUCAGUUGAUAAUGAUGAAACUAGUGAUACUAGUAAAUUGCACCAGAUUGGCAACUGUGAUCCUGGUAUUUCAGACCAAAUGAAAUCUGGGAAAGCUGAAAAUGGCCGAAGAAGGAGGAGUAAAAAGAAUGAUUCAACUCCUAAUGAAAAGAAGAAGGGCCCUCACAGAGAAGUCCGCCGUAAGAAGAGUAAACCUAGUACUGAUGAACAAGCUGUAUUUGAUGAUCUUAAGAAGUACAUGAACUUUUUAUUAGAGGAUCUUAAAGUUUCAAGAGAGAAUUUGUUGAAGUGGAUGAGGGAAGAAAUGCAGAAAUUGGUGGAAGAGGAGACUGUUUCUGAGCUGGAAACAAGAGAAGGCAGCUUUAGAGGAGAGAAAGUUCAAUUGCAGCUUCAAACCAGCUUUGAGGAGAAUGCACAAGUUCAGCACCAAAACACUUUCGGGAACAUGCCAGCCCAGCAUCAAAACAACAUUCAGGGCUAUGGCCAAGCGCAGCCCCAUAAUAAGUUUGCGGAGAAUGCCCACAGGCAGAACCUAAUCAACUUUCAGGAGAACAGUACCGAAGUGCAUCAUCAGAAGAAUUUUCAGGAAAACAUUUUCCUGCAACAUCGAAAUGCCUUCAGUUUGUGCAGAGGAUCUCAAGAUUGCAAUGGUGGGUCUACAGAAGGGUUUGGCAAAACCAAUAAAUCAACUGAUUCUAGUAAUUGCAGUCUAACAUUGGAUAGUCAUAUUAGCCGAGCAAUUGUACCCAUGACAACAACUGAGAAGGAAAGAGAAGAAAGAAUGGCAUUAUCUGCCAAGAUGAAUUCUAAACCUAGUCCUUCAGAUAAGAAUGUGCAAGUGCAGAAGCCAAAGAGUAUUGUGUUGGGCAUAAGAGCUCAAUGCAAUGGUGGAUCUUUAGAGAGGUCUGCAAAAGGCAGAAAAAUUACUGAUUCUAAUAAUCACCAUCAAGCACCUGAACAUCAAUCUGAUUAUGCCCAAGCGAUUGGAUCCAUGACAUCAGGCAAGAAGAACAAAGGAGAAAGGCUGGCAUUAACUGUCGAGCCAAUGUUUCCAACUGGCUCCUCCAAUCAGGUAGCUUCUUCAAUGUACUUAACACUGCCUACUGUGUUAACAAAGCCUCUUGAAGCAAACCAUAGGUUUGAUACAUCUUCAUUGAACUCUAUUCAACCAAGAUUUGCUGGGAAUCAAAUAGGCAUGAGUUCAGAAAGAUCGAAUCUGAUACUAGGUUCAAGCAGUCAUCAUGGAUACUUUCAGGGCAUGCAGCCAGAAGAAAGAAGUAGAAGCUUUGCUCAAAUGAGUUCCAGAGACGUCAGUUACUUCAACCAAAACAGCACCAUGUCAUCAAUUGUUGGAAAUGGACUCCCAGUUCCAUUUCUUCAGGCUGCAAAUAGUAGUUUUAACAUCCCAACCCAAGUCAGCUUGGAAAAUCUAGCUCGUGAAAGCGGCACCCCAGGUCUGAACAUGAAUGGAGGAGCCGUCAGGCUUCCAGGGGGAAGCUACUCUUUCUCAGAACAGUUGAUAGCCAACAACUUCCUCAACCAUUCUAGUUACAAAGCUGAUGGUAGACUAACGUCAUACCAAGAUGGUUAUCAAUUCCCAAAAUAGUUUUCAUUCGAGGUGAAUAAUGAGCCGGAAACAAAAUUGCACUCAACUAUGGAUCACAAGAUUCCAAACAUCUCUAUAUUGUUUUUGCCUGGUUUCAAUCCUUACCAGAUGUAAGAGAGAACUAUUUUGACAUUUUCAAAGAACCUAGUUUCGAUACUUGAUUUAUGUUGUUUUCAACAUGGGCACAAGUGAGAUGAGGGAUGCUCUUUCAAUUUA